UACAUAUAUAUAUACACCCAAAAGUAUAGAUCAAAAGAAGAAAUCACAAUCUCUAUAUAUCAUUUGUUGAGAGCGUCGAGAUCAUUGUAUAUUAUAUAUAAUAUAUAUAUAUAUAUAAAAAUUGACUACUGAUCGCCGGAUCGAUCAAAAGUAUACAUACAUAUAUCGAGCAACACGAGUACCUUGAGCGGGCAAUAACCAAAAAAUCGGUGAGCGGCCGGCAUCUCCGAGAGAUCCGCGCCGACUCGAGACGGACGGACAGACGGACGACUCCGAGAUCCCACGGGAUUUUGAGAUCCUCGAGGGAGCACGUCGGAGGGUCCGAGAGAGAAGGUGAGGCCGUACGAGGUCCACGCGCACGUACGGCAGGGGCGAGAGGCAAUCGGGUGAGCUUGUAAUCGAAACGUCCGAGAAGAGAUUUUACGAUUUUAAGGAUACGCAUUCUCUACAGGGAACUAAGUAACUUUAAAGAGAGAGAGAGAGAAAAGAAAUAUAUUAUAUAUACAUGUAGUAGUGUCCUUAAGAAGAAUCCAAGUCUCCGAAGAGACCGGUGUGUCGGCGAGGGCCGGCGAUAGGCAACGUAACGUUGCGAGAGAGGGAGAGAAUUAACUUAAUUUCGGAGCGAGAUGGCGUCUGCUCGCGCGGUCCCGCCGUCGAACGCGUGAGGAUCCCGCGCGAUGACCGUCGCCUGAGCGAAGGACGCGAUCGUCAUCUCGUACACGCGCGGAUCCCCGCGGCGAAGGCAUGAAUCUCGAGGUGGAGCUGAUCGCGGGGGUCGUCAAGGGCGGCCCGCCCCCCGCUCAUCUGCCGGCGCCGAGGCUCAUCAAGAUAUUCAUCGCCGGCGAGAGGGAUGACUUCCCGGAGGAGCGCAAGCAGCUGCUGGAGGCGGUCGGCCCGGAGCUGCAGUCAAUUUACGACGAUAUGGGGAUCGAGGUGCUGCUGGUGGACAUGCAGUACGGGUGCGGCGACGACCCGGACGCCGAUCCGCACCUGGCGGAAUACUUCCUGGAGGAGAUAAGCGCGUCCCACCGACACUCCAGGGGAUGCUUCCUCCUGCUGUUGACGGGAACAAAUUAUACCGUAGGGUGGGUACCAACGGAAUUGAAAGAGGCUACCUACCGAACGCUUCUCGCGCACUGCGCUCUUCUUAAAGAUCAUUACGAGCACAAUGGGCACUCUUAUGUUUUGAAUGCAAAUAGCGUGCAGACCGCGCGGCGGGAAUGGCAGCGGGACCAGGAGCCGGGGCUGCGCCAGGCGCUGAGGGCCGCCGCGGAGCGCGCGAUCGCGGAGCAGCCGGAGAACCAGGAGGUGAAAUACAUCCUAAAGAGCACGGCGGAACGGCAGCUGGACCACGGCCUAAGUGAGUGGCGAGGCUGUUCGUAGUCCCCGACCCUAGUUAGCACAAUGCAUCGGCGCGAUAUUGGGAAGAUAAUGUAAAUCUAGUAUUCCCAAUAUUGGUCCAGGU